AGAAUAUUGGAAUGUCUAACCUUUAAGGAACCUUUCCUCCAAGCAAUCCUAAAAACCUUUCUCCAAAAUCCAAAAGAUGAUCAUCAAAUUGUUCCUUCUCACAGCAAAGAACGAGCCCCGACUCCGAAAAUGGCGGUGACGCACGCUGAUCUCUCUCCCACACCCAAAACCACCAACCUCGGCAGCAAAACCGGCGCCUUUCUCAUGGUUCUAUCCAUAUUACUCGGCCUCUUCUGCUUCAUCCUCUGCCUCAUAGCCGAGGCCGCACGCUCUCAGGCCAAAUGGCGCGAUUCCCAGUGCACUUACACGGGCACUGGAAAACUGCCCCUCCUUUCCGCCACCGCGGCUUUUGCUGCGCUGGCGGCCGCCGUGGUGGUGCAGCAUGUCUUUCUAUUGGUCGCUGUCAGCAAAUCGGACUCCCUAGUUGAGAUCACCUGGGACCCACAGUCCCAAUUCGCCAAGACUCUGACGUGGCAAGCCGGUUUUUUCUUCGUUGCCACGUGGACGACAUUUGCUGUUGGCGAGAUCCAACUGUUGGUCGGGCUGAGCGUGGAGUCGGGCCACCUCAAGGACUGGGAGACGCCACGCCCAAGCUGCCUCGUGAUCCGACAAGGGCUUUUCACGGCUGCCGGAGUUCUGGGUCUGGCGACGGUUUUCUUCGCCGCAGGCUUGUACAUCACGGCUCUGCGGGCGGAGAGGUACAUUCAAAUACAGGAGAAUAUGCGACGAGACAUAUUGGAAGUGUCGGUAAUGUACGCUUCCCCGCCAAGAUCGCCCGGACGGGAUCAGCCCGUCCGGGCAGAUCGCGGCGAGGGGCCGAAUUUGCCGAGGCAAGAUGAACACUAUGUUCAUUCAUUGGAUUACUACGUACGAGCGUUUGACAAGCAAUCAAGACUUGUUUGAUAGGGAUUUAUUUGUAAAUGAUUUGUGAAAUGCAACAAAUCUGUAACAUAACCCCAAA